AUGCCCCCACGUCAUCCCUUGCAUCACAAACCCGAAGAGUAUUCUAAUUGCGACGACAUCAAGUGUGACGAAACCAAACCAAGUUGCAAUAACUGUGUCAAACAUGAAAUUCAAUGUGAUUUCAGUAAGGAGGGACCCGCCACGGGGACUUCAGAGAUAGGCUCAACAGCCCCGUCACCAUCAACAGAGGUUCCAAAUAUCAAAGCCUCCCCAUCUGUUACUGCAGGAACAAGUCCUGCUAACAAUCUAAUAAUAGCUGGAUAUGCUGGAGGACCAAUUGGAAUAGCAGAAAUGGAACUGCUCCAUCACUACUCCACAUCCACCUGUUAUACGAUAUCUCGCCUCCCCGUGCUACAAACAGUCUGGCGCAUCAGAGUACCUAAAUUCGGAUUUUCAUCUCCGUUCCUUCUUCAUGGCAUUCUUGCCUUAUCAGCGCUACACCUGGCUUAUUUGAAGCCCGAGCAGCAUGCGCAUUAUGUGGCACAAGCCGAGUUUCAUCACAACUUGGCCCUACAGAUGGUCUCGGCAACCUUACCUCAGAUCGACGAAGAAAAUGCAGCUGCUUUGUAUUUGUUCUCCACCGUCACAUCCAUCAUCUCAUGUGCAAAGCCCAGAUUACCGGAUGACUUUUGGGUGAUUGGCGACCGAGACCUUGAAUGGCUUUCACUCUUUCGAGGGACUCGAUUCAUUAUCGCUACCGCUGAACACAGCAUCAAGUCCGGAGCUCUUGAGCCGAUCUUCAGAAACGGCCACCGGAGGAGCACUGCGCGAAAUGCGAGAUCCAAUGUCCAACUGCCAUACUUGGAUGAUUUGCGGGACCUUCUCAAAAACCAUGUAGCAGAUACCCAUGAAUUGGAAAGCUAUUUUGGUGCUAUCGAUGACUUGAGCAAGUCAUUUGCCACUGUGGAAGAGGAAGGUUCGCGAAAUUGCCAGACGGCCGACGUGUUUGUUUGGCUGCUCCAGAUAUCGGAUGAUUAUCUUCAUCUACUUCGUCAACGAAAACCUGAAGCCUUGGUCAUUUUCUCCUAUUUCUGUGUGAUCACACAUGAACUGGAAUGGAUGUGGUGGAUGCAAGGAUUGAGCAUUCAUCUGAUUCGUGGCAUAUACUAUUUCCUGAGCGAGGAAUACCGUUGUUGGAUGCAGUGGCCAAUGGAACAGCUGGGUUGGGUUCCGUGA